AUGGUUAACGUAUUUAACGUUCAAAUUUUUUUCAUUGUCUUCCGUGAAACCUUAGAAGCCGUUGUCGUUGUUUCGGUUUUAUUAGCUUUCUUAAAGCAAGGUUUAGGGGGAGCAAGUAAUGACCCAGUUGUAUACAAAAAAUUAGUAAGACAGGUUUGGAUAGGGGCGCUACUAGGGUUGUUAAUUUGUCUUAUUUUGGGUGGUGCUUUCAUUGGUACAUUCUAUUCUUUGGGUAAAGAUAUUUGGGGUAAUUCUGAAGAUUUAUGGGAAGGUAUUUUCUGUAUAAUUGCGACAGUAUUAAUUUCGAUGAUGGGUAUUGCUAUGUUGCGUAUUAAUAAGAUGAAGGAAAAGUGGAGAAUUAAGUUAGCACAAGCUUUGAUCAAAGAACCACCAAAAGGUAAAGACAGGUUCAGAAUUGGGUACGUGACUAAGAAAUACUGUAUGUUUAUCUUACCAUUCAUCACUACUCUUAGAGAAGGAUUGGAAGCUGUUGUUUUUGUUGGUGGUGUUGGUUUAGAUAGUCCUGCAUCAUCAUUUCCACUUCCAGUUAUUUGUGGUUUAAUUGCAGGUAUCGUUGUCGGUGGAUUAUUGUACUAUUCCGGUUCCACUGUUUCUUUACAAAUUUUCUUGAUCAUUUCCACUGCCAUUUUGUACUUAAUUGCUGCAGGAUUAUUUUCCAGGGGUGUUUGGUACUUUGAAACCAAUGUUUACAAUAAAAAGACUGGUGGUGAUGCUUCAGAAAAUGGUUCUGGCCCAGGUACUUACGAUAUUUCCAAAUCGGUCUGGCACGUAAAUUGUUGCAACCCAGAAACUGAUAAUGGUUGGGAUGUCUUCAAUGCUCUUUUGGGAUGGCAAAAUUCUGCUACAUACGGUUCAGUUAUUUCUUAUAACGUGUACUGGAUAGCUGUUAUCGUUACUUUAUGUUUAAUGAUGUAUGAAGAAAAGAAGGGACACUUACCAUUCUGUAAGAACCUUACAUUAGUCAAAUUGAACCCAAUGUACCAUAUUAAGGGUAAGAAGAAGCAUGAACUUAGCAAAGAACAACAAGAUGAAUUGUUUGAAAGAGUCAGAAAUCAAAAGAUCAUGACGAAUGGCGAAUCAAACGAUGAUAGUUCUAUACUUUCUAAUAAGGAGGCUAUUAAUUCAGUUGAGAAAUAA